AUGAAGUCGUUGCGUUGGCAGGUGGCGGCCGCUGCGGCCUUGGGGCUUGCACUGGCCCUAGAGGCGCUACCCCCGCUAUUUCGCAGGCUAUGGGGCGAGAAACGGCGACCUAGGCGUGAGGUGCUCUUCUUCCCGUCCCAGGUGACCUGCACGGAGGCACUGCUGCAGGCCCCGGAAGCACCGCGUCCCGCGUCCACCGCAUCCUCUGAGGUUCCCGAGGCCCCCGCGAGCUGCCUGUGCAGUCUGCCGCACAGCGAGAGCGCCCUGAGCCGCCUGCUGCGCGCCCUGCUGGCUGCCCGCACCACUCUGGAGCUCUGCCUUUUUGCCUUCUCCAGCCCCCAGCUGGGCCGCGCCGUGCAACUCCUGCACCAGCGCGGCGUGCGCGUGCGCGUCGUCACCGACUGCGACUACAUGGCGCUCAACGGCUCGCAGAUCGGCCUUCUCCGCAAGGCAGGUAUUCAGGUUCGGCAUGAUCAAGACCUGGGCUACAUGCAUCACAAGUUUGCAAUUGUGGAUAAGAAGGUACUGAUCACUGGUUCACUCAACUGGACUACGCAAGCCAUCCAAAACAACAGAGAAAACGUUCUUAUUAUGGAGGAUGAAGAGUACGUGAAGCUUUUUCUGGAGGAAUUUGAGCGUAUUUGGGAAGAGUUUAACCCUAUGAAGUAUACCUUUUUCCCACAAGAAAAGAAAAGUCACUGAAAUUGUGCUCUGAACUCCAACUUAAAACUGAGUGGGAGUGAAUUGUUCUGGACCACUGUAGUGUCUGAGUGA